AUGGCCCAAGAAGGAGCAGAAGCCCAGAAAGUCCAUGUCAAACCGGCCGAUGCUCAGUCCUUCGUGGAGGAAGUGCUCCAAGGCAACGGAGUUUCACCCGAAAAUGCAGCAAUCGUGGCUAAAUGCCUCGUGGCUGCAGACUUGAGAGGCAUUGAUACGCACGGAGUGAACCGGAUCCCAUCUUACAUGACCCGAGUACGGCAAGGUGCCCUGGAUGCGAAAGCCUCGCCAACCUGGAAGGAGAUCACUCCGGUCGUGGGACAAGUCGAUGCUCACAAUGGGUUCGGCUUUCUGGCGGCCGAUCUGGGGAUGGGUAAAGCCAUCGAAAUGGCUCGGACAUAUGGUAUUGGAAUGGUCAGCGUGAAGCAUAGCAACCAUUUUGGCAUGUCUGCUUGGAUUGUUCAGAAGGCUAUCGAUGCUGGCAUGAUGAGCCUUGUAUUCACCAACAGCUCACCAGCACUGCCAGCGUGGGGAGGAAAGAGCAAAUUAAUGGGUGUCAGCCCAAUUGCAUGUGGAGCACCUGGAGGCAAGGAAAAACCAUUCAUCUUAGAUAUGGCACCAUCUGUUGCUGCUAGAGGCAAAAUCUACAAAGCCAAACGACGAGGAGAAAAGAUCCCCACAGACUGGGCUCUUGAUGGCGAAGGCCGACAAACAGAUGACCCAGCCAAGGCCUUGGAAGGCGUGAUGUUGCCAAUGGGUGGACCCAAAGGCUCAGGUCUAUCAAUCAUGAUGGACGUGUUCUCUGGCGUUCUUUCAGGCAGCGCAUUUGCUGGACACGUCACUGGGCCCUACGAUCCAAGUAACAAACCAGCAGAUGUUGGCCAUUUCUUCGUUGCCAUCAAGCCAGACCUUUUCGUAUCUCUAGACGACUUCAGAGAACGAAUGGACUAUCUCUACAAGAGAGUCGUCGACUCAGACAAAGCAGCUGGCGUUGAUAGGGUAUUCUUUCCUGGAGAGAUUGAACAGAUCACCGAGGAGACCCGACGAAAGACUGGCAUCCCGUAUGUUGAGGCCGAAGUCAAUGCGCUUGAUGAGGAAGCGGAUAAAGUGGGUAAACCACGCCUGAAGGUCGACGCGUGA